AAUAUAAAAAAACAAUAUCCUGCAUUUUAAUCCACAAAAAUGAAGGAAACCGAUCUGAAACGAGCGUACAACAAUGUGCUGGCUCAGGCUUUAUCUUCGUCACAGCAGUACCUGUUUUCGGGCAAUCUUUUCGGUGAUAUAUUUGUACUCAGAUUGAAAGAACUGGAAAAGGGCACAGAGGAGCCCCCAGGCAAGCUCAAAAUCUUUCCGCAACGUAGUGCUGUGGAAAUCAAUUGCCUAGCCUUUCGACGAGACUUUCUGAUAGUCGGGACCGUCGGUGUCGUCUAUGGGUUGCAGUGGAACGAAGAUGACGAAAAGUUGAGUACAAACCGCUUAUGGGAGGUUAAAAUACCGAUGCAAGCAGAUGCCGUGGAAGUGCCGGACGUGAAUUCGUUGUGGUUGAGCGCAGACACCGACACCCUGUUCGCUGGUUGUGGAGAUGGAAUAAUUUAUCAAAUAAGUCUCGAAGAUGGACGAGUGGAGCGCGACUAUCGGGGGCACACAGACUAUGUGCACUCUGUGGUUGGCAACUCGAACGGACAAAUCUUCUCGGGGGCAGAGGAUGGGACAGUACGAGUCUGGACUACAAAGCAAAAGGAACAAACGUCAAUGAUAGAGCCGUAUACAACACCAAAGCUGCAUCGCCCCGAUUGGGGAAAAUGGAUCGGUUCUGUUGCGGUCAAUGACGACUGGUUGCUGUGUGGCGGAGGUCCACGAGCAUCGAUCUUCCACUUGCGGUCCUUGGAGUCCACCUGCGUUUUGGACUUUCCUGGAGGUGUGCAUGUGUGCGACUUUGUGGAUGACGGUGUGUUCAUCGGCGGCGAACACAAUCAUGUGCAAUCGUACACCUUGAAUGGAGCGCUGCAGGCAAAUAUUCCGGUGGAGCACACUGCAUGUUAUUCUAUAGUGUGGCAAACGUCACCGAUCAAGAUUAUGUCCAUUGCUGGAUUCAGCAAUAGGCUGCAUAUCCUGAAAGAUUUUCGUUUUCUAGACAGCAAAAUCGACUUGUAUGGCAAUGUGGAAGGAGAGGACGACGCAGCGGAAGGCGACGAAGAGGAGUUAGAGGAGAUCGAAUCAUUCAAAUGUUCAGCUGCGUAAUAAUUUAAUAAUUAUACGAUUAUAUGAAAAUGACCAGCUUAA